AUGGUCACUCGCAGAGCCACUCACGCUGGUUCCUGGUACACCGACAAAAGUUUAGUGCUUUCACAGCAACUCGACGGCUGGCUAGCAGAUGUACCAAGCUCGAUAACACCAGUUGGGAAAGCUUCCUCCCAGGCAGGGAAUAUCUCAGUACCGACACCGAAUGCGCGGGCUAUCAUCGGACCACAUGCUGGAUACUCUUACUCUGGGCCCGCUGCUGCAUGGGCAUACAAGAUAGUUGACUGGGCGAAUGCGAAACGCAUAUUUCUGCUCUUUCCCUCCCACCACUACUAUCUGUCCGGCGCUGCGACCACCGGGUGCAGCAAGUACGCCACACCGAUCGGUGACCUUGCCAUAGAUACCACACUGGUCAAGCAGAUACAAAAAGACUGGGGUCUCGAGGUCAUGGAGCGAGGUGUCGACGAGGACGAGCAUAGCUCAGAGAUGCACCUCCCAUACAUCUACAAGAUGUUGUCACUCAAGAGCACAGCCUUCCAAUCCGACCCCGCAUCCGUCCCCCUCGUCCCUAUCAUGGUCGGUAGCACAGACGCCCGCGCCGAAGCCCACUACGGCUCCCUCCUUGCACCCUACCUCUCCGACCCAAGUAACAUCUUCGUCAUAUCCUCCGACUUCUGCCACUGGGGCUUGCGCUUCAGAUACACAUACUACCAGACGCCGGACAGCUCAUCCGGCAUAAGCUUGAAGUCCAACUCGAAAGUCUCCAGCGACUUCCCGAUCCACGAGAGCAUCGCAGCAGUAGACAAAGAAAGCAUGGAUGCUGUUGAGGCUGGCAGUCACAAGGAAUUCUUGCAGCAGCUGAGGGAUUCAGGCAACACUGUUUGUGGACGGCAUCCUAUUGGGGUGUUUAUGGCUGCUGUUGAGAAGGCCGAGCUGGAAGAGGGGAAGGGGCGGUUCAAGUUUGUGAAGUAUGAGAGGAGUAGUCUGGUCAAGGACGUGAGGGAUAGCAGUGUCUCGUACGCCAGUGCUUUUGCGGUGCUGUGA